UGCUGCUGCUGCUGCUUUUGCGUGUGUGAUGAAAUGAAAUGCCAGUAUUGGGCUACCUCCAGGGAGCGCCUCGCUAUCCUAUAAUGUGAGCCAGCCAGCAGCUCUGUGGGAUUAGGGAGACGCUGCAUCCAUCAGGCCUCCAAAAGGACAAGACGCCAUCCAACCGGAAGGAGAGAUCUCUAUUUUUUUUUUAUAGUCUUCUAUGCUGUGAAGAGAGGGGAUUGUCGUCAUCCCCCCAUCCAUCCUUUUCCCUCUCUCUGGUGCCCCCUCCUUCCUCUUCCGCCUCCACACUUGCUUUUUCGCCCUCAUUCUGUGUCAGAGGAGCGCGUUGGAAUAACAAACCUCCAUGUAUGACAAUUUGUACCUGCAUGGAUUUGAAGACUCGGAGGCGGGCUCAGCUGAUUCAUAUACUAGCAGACCAUCAGACUCAGAUGUCUCUCUGGAGGAGGAGCGUGACGUGCAGGCCCAGGUCCAGAGCCAGAGCCCAAGCCAGAGCCAAGGACCGGGACAGAGCCGGCAGGAGCGGGAGCAGCAGGCCACCAUCCAACUGGAGAGAGCCAAGACUAAACCUGUUGCAUUCGCUGUGAGGACCAAUGUCAGCUACUGCGGCGCUCUGGAUGAGGAUGUUCCAGUUCCCGCCACAGCUAUCUCCUUCGACGCCAAGGACUUCCUCCACAUAAAAGAGAAAUUCAACAAUGACUGGUGGAUCGGCCGCUUGGUGAAGGAGGGCUGCGACAUUGGCUUCAUCCCCAGCCCACUGAAGCUCGAGAACAUCCGACUCCAGCAGGAGCAAAAAAGAGGACGAGUUCAAGGUAAGUCUGGAGGGAACUCCUCUUCAAGUGUAGAGGAUGAGGUGUCUGCCUCUAUCCGACCCCUCAUAUCCUCGGCAGGAAAGCAGAAACAGAAAGUGACGGAGCACAUCCCCCCGUAUGACGUGGUUCCCUCCAUGAGGCCGGUGGUGCUGGUGGGACCCUCACUCAAAGGUUAUGAGGUGACUGAUAUGAUGCAGAAAGCGCUCUUUGACUUCCUCAAGCACAGAUUUGAUGGCAGGAUAUCAAUCACACGGGUCACUGCCGAUAUAUCUUUAGCCAAGAGAUCUGUCCUUAACAACCCCAGUAAGAGGGCCAUCAUUGAACGAUCCAACACCCGCUCCAGCUUAGCUGAAGUGCAAAGUGAGAUCGAGCGGAUCUUUGAGCUGGCCCGCUCCUUGCAGCUGGUAGUGCUGGAUGCCGACACUAUCAACCAUCCAGCCCAGCUCCUCAAGACCUCCUUGGCUCCCAUCAUCGUCCAUGUCAAAGUGUCCUCACCUAAGGUUUUACAGAGGCUAGUCAAGUCCAGAGGGAAGUCUCAGAGCAAACACCUGAAUGUCCAGCUUGUAGCUGCAGACAAACUGGCUCAAUGUCCUCCAGAAAUGUUUGACAUCAUCUUGGACGAGAACCAGCUGGAAGAUGCCUGUGAGCAUCUUGCCGAAUACCUCGAGGCCUACUGGAAAGCAACACAUACCUCGAUGGCUACACCCCUGAACCCUUUGCUGGGACGCAACCUAGGCACCGGCACCCUCACAGCGUACCCCACCAGCAUCUCUGGACUGCAGCAGAGCCAAAGAAUGCAACAGAGCAACCACACGGGGGAUCACUCCACUGCGAACGAGCGUCGCAACCUGAUGACGUCCGAUGAAAACUACCACAACGAACGAGCACACAAGGGACGCAACCGCAUGUCGUCGGGGUCGCAGCAUAGCCGAGAGGCGCAGGACCCCUACCAGGACUACCAGGACCCCUAUCAGGAUGCGUAUAAGCCACACCGCAACCGUAGCUCCCCGGGAAGCUACAGCCAUGACUCCAGGCACCGGCUCUGAACCCACUUGAGUCAUCACGGGUGUCCGAAUGGUCCAGAUUCCACCUACCAAUGAACGCUACCACAUAGCCAAGAUGGUUCCAAGUAGCCCCUAUUUUCAGGGUGAUUCUUUAUGUAUUAGACCCCCGAAACAUUCACUAAAUUGAUUCAAGUUUUAGGAUGCCCAUGCCAACUUCUGGACCUUCUAGAUCACGGCGAGAAGAUGCUUAGCAUCGAUUGUGCUCGCUUCCAUCGGCGGUGGUCACGCGGUGCUGAUGUGACGUCACACCACAGCACACAGACUGCUAAAAUCCACGCACCUCACCAUGUAAAAAUCCUCUCGCCUUCUAGCUUCUUGCAUGUUAAUAGAUGAUGAACGUCUGCUUCCACUGCAUAGAUCUUUUCUAACUACCCUGUACAUACGGAGGUCCCAUGUCGUCAAUUACCAGAUUGCGGUUUGAAAUGAGGGGUGAACUGGCUGCUAGUUGAAAACUUGGUGCUUCACAUUCCUGAACCAUUUUGGUUGGUUAACAUCACUUUUUGCAAGCCUGCUUUUCUGUAUGAAGCGUUAGGUUUCAUUUAGGGGCAAACACCCUACCCUUACAAACUGUUUAAGAGCUUGAUGAAUAUGAUUUUUUUUAAAGAGCAUCUACUUGGUAAGUUUCAAUUUGGUCGUAAUUAAAUGGCAGUGCUUUUGUUUUGUUUUUGUGUUGUUUUAGUGGCUUAUUUCCUGUAAUUGGUUUUACUCGCGUCUCCUCAGGUGCAUUAGGUGCUUGCCAGCCCUGCCCACAUCCGGAUGUGUCCCAGCCAAUCAGCUUCAUGCUUGCUCUUGUAUCAAGUUGCAUCGCCAGUCCUUGAAUUGUUACCCCCUUUGUUUAUUUGUUGACAAGGAUUUAGGUUAAUCUUUUAUCCAACUGAAAGUUCUUCCUUCAGAAAUUUAGGAGUAAUAAUUAGCAUUUUUGAGCUUAAUUAUCACCUUAGACUUGCAAUACAACAACAUUUGAGCUGUUGUACAUGCACAUUUAUUUUCCCUGAGGAAUGAGCAAAGAAAAUAUAACAGUUGCAUUGAAGUGGAAGGCAAUACACAGUAACACCUAACAUGUCUUUUAGAAAAUGUUUGCAUGACUUGGGGCACCAUGGUGAAGGACAAUGUGUUGCAACGGAAAUGUCCAUGUAGCUCACCCACAUGUGCUGCUGUGGUUGCUGGUUUAAAGCUUAAACCUUAUGUUUGUGUUUUUAUUGUAGAUAUGGUUUUCUCCAGAACACAAACUCCACCAGCCAAUGUUAAAACAAUUGUAAGAAUUUGAACGAAAUGUUGCGAGGUACCACUGUACUACCUAAUAAAGACCUACAAGUUUA